AUGCCAAAUACAAGAUAUAUGUUUUCGCACUGGAAGAAAAAGACGAAGACGAAGAAAAGCUUGAAGAUCAAGUCGAAGACAACCUGGAAGAUGUGUGAAGGACAUUCUCACGGCUCUCACUCCUCCCACGGAGGCCACGAUCACGAUCAUGAUCACGGCCACGGUCACGGCCACGAUGACGAUCAUAGCCAUGGCCAUAGCCACGGCCACAGCCACGGUCAUAGUCACGGUGGUUGCGGCGGCUCAUCUCAUAGAAACCUGCCGCUCAACCCCGAAAAUGUCCAAGUUGUUAAGCCGGAGCCAGAGAAGCCAACAUGUCCAUGCAUCGGCACUGGCUGGGUUGCGCCGACUGCUGGGCCGUCAUGUUACCCAAUGGUGUGCUGCUACAAGGAGGCGCCACCCAACUUCGACUGGCCGGCCCUCCCUCCCGGCUGCUGGCCGGUGUCCAACUGCUGGCCAAUGAAUCCGCCGGCCAAGUGCCCUCCGCAGCUCGCCUAUCAAUAUGUCUGCGGUCCUCCACCAACAGCGCCCGAAGAUGUCAGGUUUGACGUCGUAGACACUAGCAAUGGGCCCAACCGUCGUAUGUACGGAGAGAAAUAUACCAUUACGGUUAAUGCCAACGCCACUUUGAGGGAUCUUCUUCAUCGAUUCAAUUCGAGGUCAACCUUGGAGGUGCUUGUUCGAUGGAAAGAUGGCAGGCUUGACAAAUUGGAGGAUGGAGUUUCGGUGGGCGACCUGAAGGGCCAGAUCAAGCAUAUCAUUGUCAAGGACCGGCAGCGUGCAUAUUGCUAUUGCUGA